AUGGGGGAAACAAAAGGGAAAAAGAUAGGUACCUUACGUUGUCGUGGGUUGAAGCCUCCUGUAAUCAGGGGCUAUGCCGCCGCGUUCGGUUACUGGUUUAGAACGUUUGGGCACACCGAACAAUAUAGCGAAGCCAUUAUCACGGCUGAAGAUGGUUCUCAACAGGUUAUCCCAAAGGGAAAUCCGAUGUCUUCGCCUGGUAAGCUAUAAAAUUACCUUCCUUUUUCUAAUUUAAUCCAAAAAUUUUUUUGUUAUUUUUUAUAACGUUAAGCCUAUGUAAGUAUGGAUUCCUUGUCACACUUUUGCCUCAUGGUCAACUCCUUAAUUCUGAAUAUAAUGUGAUCAAAACAUGCAAAAUCACCACCCUUCAUCACUACUAUAUGUUUUAUCAUUACAAAAUACAUAUACAAUAACUAACUAAACUUCUCCCCUUUUCAAAAACUAGUCAGAGAUUUCAACAGAUCUUUAUUUUAAUGGAAACUUCUAGCGAUGAUCCUUAUUCUACUGUUGUGUUUUAUCUUGUUUUUGAUAUUUUGUUGGUAAAAUAAAUUGGUGUCAAAAUUGAAGCUAUCUGAUUUAAACAGUUCAAGGUAUCAUCCACCCUCAAGUACCUUCCUCGCGUAGAUUGGCGCUGGCGGUUUUGCUUUUAACAAAUUAAUACCCCCAUAAACCGUACAUUUUCUGAAUGCUUAAUAGUUCCAGAUUAUUGCUUAUUUCUUUUAAAAAAUCAAAAUAUUAACGAAAUUUAGAAAUGAGAAACUUUUUGUGAAAGUGGGUGUUACUGUGAAUUUAAGUCCAGUCCAGCCAAAAUUAACGGAAGAAGCCAAUUAAGAACGCAUUCGCUUCUUAACACGUUUGGCUGAAAAACCAUGUCUCAGAUUUUUGUCAAGUGCGUUUGUUCUGUGUUAUAAGCAGGUGAAGUUAAGGAUAGCAAAUCGUUAGUACUACCUGUGAAAAAAAAAAUACUCCAACUUGAAAACGAAAAAAGAAAUCAAAAUUCGCAGGCAAGGUUUUUAGAAAAACUAUCUGACAGUAAGUUGGCCAAAUUUCAGCCAAAUUGGUGUAGGGGUUGCUGACUUGGAGUUUAAAACGCGUACCCUCAACUUGCCCUGAUUUUCUUUUGAGAAAACAGUGGAAAAAGGUUUUUGGCGGCGUAUUACCCAUGACGAGAUUAUAACAGAUUAUAACAACAAAGCUGUCAAUGUUGACGCAUACCAGAGAAGAAACAAAAAUAGUGACACAGCAGGAAAAGUUGAAAACGAAACCCAACAACAGAUGGACAAUUUAUUUCAAAGGCUCUGCUCUGUUCGAUCCUUUCUGUUUUCGAGAAAGCUUCAUUAGUUAUUUGCAACGGGUAGUUUUCAUUUUCGCACCAAACAAGCCAAGUUGAGCCGAGCCCACUUUUACUCGAUACAUUUUUUAAAAGUUCGACACUUCCCUGGAAAAUUCGACAGCAAACCGCUUCCUGGAGUUGUUCUUAAAGCUUUUUUCCCGCUACAAUAGACUUUCAAAACAGUACUUCGUCCGAUUUUUAUAUGGCGUGGGACCUCUCGUGACUUUGUCUCUUGCUUGGCUGCUUCGCGGCCUAAAAAGCUCGCUCCGCUCGCUAAUGAACUCGCGAAACUCUAUUCCGCGGUAGUUUCAAUGGGUUUUUCAGGAGCUUUGUCAUCUUUUAGCCAUUCUCAUUGAUGGUAGUAGGAGCCCUUGUCGCUCUCUGCUAAUUUCGAAGCCCACUCUUUGGCGGCAAAACAAUUUUGUUGUCUUCUUUUGUGGAGUCGAGAACGAAAACAGACGAGCUCUUUUUUCUUCUUUGGAGGCAUUCACUUUCAAAAUCCAGGGAAAAACAGUGAGUACUAUACUUGUAAACCACGAUUUCUGUCAAAUUGCGUUAUUAGCUUGGUUCAACAGCGGCACGCGUAUUAAGUAUGAGAGGACUUGUCAACGAUCAAUUAAAAUAAUUAGCGUAGAAAAAACUUUUGCGCUCCAUAAUUCUGCACAGAAAAAACGUUUUUUCGUGGAUUUUUUUUUUAUUAGAAAGCUGUUGAUGAGCUCAAUUUAAUAGUCUAAAAAUUGCAAAAUUAUUUAGAAAAGUGAUGAUUUUUUUACCCUGAAUGAUACCUUAAUAAUUAUUGUGAUAAGGAAGUUCAUCAAGUAAUAGAUAGACCAUAGUGUUAAAUUUGAAUCAUAACCACUGAAUUUAAUUCAAAUCCUAGUUCAAUAGAAAUUUAAUUCAAUAACCAAAAUAUGUUGCUUCAUGACAAUGGCCCCUGAUUUUGCUAUGUAAAUUGUGGCUUGAUAAUCAAUGAAGAAAUGCAUCCAUGAAAAUGUGCCUUUAAAAAACUUGUACAAGGUUUUCCUGUCCUUGAAAGAUGAGCCAAUCUGGUUAGGCAUGUGAAGUUUUUGUGAAUGAAUGAUUACUGAAGAACUGUUAUCAGCUAUUUAGUCUUAUGUUGAUGGUCUAAUUUUCUUGUUUAAAAUUUUAAUGCUGUGCAUGUUCAUUUUCAAAUUUAUUUGAUAAUUAUUUUUGAUAAUCAACUGGGUUAGGACUGUUAAUUGUUAUUUAAUGUAUGUGUAAGUCAUCGUUAUUGUCAUGUCAGUUACUGAGAAUAGUCCUCUUAGGACUACACCAAACCAGAUUCUUCGUGCCACAACCUAUGACAUGAUGCCUGAGUGUUCAAACAUUAAUUUUAGGUUGAAUUUAUUUCUUUUGUAUGCUCAAAUGACCACUGGAGGAACUUACUUUGUUCUGAUUUUUCUCUCGGUAAUAGUAUCUCAGGGUUUUACCAUCUUACACUGAAGUAUGAUGCUUGGGCAAAUUGUAGCAAAUUUAUAGCCCUUUCUCCAUUCACCAAUAAAUCCUCACAAUGAAGGGAUUUUGAUUGUAUUAUUUUCAUGCUUGUCACUAAUUCUUGGAUUUUUGGGAUUGUGUUUUAGCUGUUACUCAGACCAUGAAGCAGCUGGUGAAAAGAGCAAAGAGACCCACUGCUAGGGAUACGCGGCAUGGGAGAGUGCCUUAUGAGCCUAAGAAGGCUCCACCCUUUACAAUUCAGCAGAUGUUGCGUAUGCGUGCAUACUGUUUAAAUACAAUCGAGGUAAUCACGACUCAAGUUUAAAUCCUCUUGACCCUGCUUGUAAAUGGCUAACAGGCUGCCUCCUGCUAGUUAGGGUUCUUUUAUUUUAUUAUGUACCCAUUUGAAUUUCCUGUGUACUGGUUUAAAGUUAUUUUAAGUGGAGGGAUGCCUGUAAGUUACAAUCGGCUACAAAAUUGUUGAGACAUUGUACUAACUAAAGAUAGGGUAACUUCAGAGAACAAAAGAGUCCAAAAACCUCCCCCCUCCCUUCCAUUCAAAGUUGGGGUGUUUGAUGUUUUCUAUAGCUAGUUUGAACAGCGGCACAACAUUGCAUGGAGGGAUGGGGAGGAAAAGCUUUAUUCUCUUUUUUGAAGUCGGUAAAAAAUCAAAAAGCCCCUUUUGGUUGAGGUGUCUCAACUGCAUUUCCAUGUGAAACAAAACAUGUAUCAUUUUACGGCUGAUAGAUUUUAAAAUGAUGAAGAUAAAUUAAAGACCUUGCAGUGAGUUGACUCAAUGGAAUGUGGCAAGGAUCUCUUUCAGCAGAGAGGGAGGUUCAGGUUAUCCCAUGUUUUUCCCUUUUGGAAAAUUCUGUUAUUUAUCUGGUUAGCCAAAGAUCUUACUUUAGAAGAACCACAAUAUAACAAAUGGCAAUGAGGAUGUGUAGUAAAAUAGUUUUCAUGUCUAGUUUAAAAAGUUUUAUAAAGGUUGGUCAUAUUCAUAUAUUUCACUAUUGUUUGUGCAAGGAAUAUUGAGGACUUAUAUAGAGGUCAAAUUAAAAGGUACACUACAGGAGGCAAACAACGUCUGUUUAAUUGACUUUGCCAUUGCCGAAAGUGAUAGCCAAAGUGUACCUAGUGAAUGUCAUUUCGAGUAGCCAGAAAAAUGUAACAGCCAGGAUUAAUUAUGAAAGUAAUUUAAUGAUCAUUUAAUUAUUUAUUUUAGUGAUAGCUAAUAAUUUAACACAAGCUUUUAAAGCCUCUCGAGCCUUAAAGGGAAGGUGUGUUAGAAUCAAUAUUGAUUUUACCUGAAGAUUCCGCAUCUCACUCAGCACCUUGAUUGAGAUGAAAUUCUUACAUAAAAUGUAAAGGUGGUUUUCCAGGUUUCACUUCAUCUGAUCUGUUUUAAAACUAGCUUAAAGAAUUUGUCAGGUAUUUUUAUUUCAUGUUCACUUCCCUGUAAGGCAAGUUAACAGCAAAAUUCAUUAGCCUGACGUCAAAAUCUGUUUGUCAUAUUAUAUUAAUUAAUGCUUGUUUUAUUUACUACCUAUUAAAUUAUGAUAUAACAUAUUUAUAUAAUUUUUUUUCAGGGAUUACGAGGUUUAUGGUUGUGGACCAUAACUUUGUUCUCUUUUGCUCUGUUCCUAAGAGGGGAGGAACCUCUCCGACUGAAGGUUAAGAACCUGAGGUUACCAGCCAAUUUCAAUUCAGGUAUUGAAAGUUGUAUAUUCUAGGUUGUCUUUCAUAAACAAACAAAUGGUUAAAAAGUUAACUUCUGUCACCUUUAUUUGGCUGUUUUAUGUUAAGUGGUCACCCUGUAUUAGGUAGUCUCACUCACAGCCGCUUUUGUCUUGACUCAUUGAAUGUUCCUCCCCAACAUAUGGCAACUCACACUCGAUUCACAUGUCAUUGCUUUCCAAUAUUGUUUUAUCAACCCACAGAAAUGACCAAUCAUUUAUUAUCAAACUGAAAAUGACAUCAGUUUACCGCAUUUUGGUGCAAAGAAUGUGCUUGGCCCUGUGAUUUCCAGUUUUAUCACAGGUGUUAGCUACGAUGGGCCAGGUUCAGUUUUGAUUCAUAAACACUGAUUGUAGAAUCAUGGCAAAACUGAAAGACACAUUUAGCACUGAAAUGGGUGACUUCAAACUGUACAGUGCUUGGCAUAUAAAAGCUGGAAUAAUUUGACGUAUAGGGGCAGUACAUUCUGAGGAGUCGCUGAAUAAUCAUUAUUAUACAGAUCACUAGGCUAGCUACCAGUCAAUGUCUCCUGAUUUUUUUACUUUUGUCCCAUUCCAUUUUAUUUUAUUUUAUUUCAUAAUCUGUAGGGGAGCCAAUUACAAUUCCAAAACGUAUUGAGGUGAAAAUACCAUGGUCUAAAGCAGAUAGAAAGGCCAAAGGUAUGUAUAUUAGUACUUAUCGAAUUAUUUCUUCUUUUUUUUGUAUGUUGUGUGUAGGGGCACAUGCUAACCAUCUUCACCUUCUAGCAUUAUAUUUCAACUCACCAAUGGCUUGCUCUCAGCUGGCUCAAUUAUUGCAAACAAGGUCGUGCCAGUUAAGAUCCUGAUCACCUCUGAAUUUUUCAGCUUUCUUUUUCACAACUGUUUAAUUGAGUUGUGAACAUAACUGCAAUGCUAGGGAUCUUCACUUGUUAAAUCUUUCUUCCACUGUUUCAAUAUUAUGAAGUCCCUAAAUUCACUUUGGUUUUUUGUUCCUUUUUUUUCUUUUCGUUUCAAAUUUUCCAACGAUGCUAACUGGUACAGUGGAACCCUGCUCUCAAAUAUCUGCUUCAUACAGAUGCAGACAGUUUUGGUUGUCCUGAUGAAACACUCAUGUUGUCUGUAAAAGUAACCUGCUUAUGUGCACAGGUUAAUAUGGACAACUGACACCUUUUUCUACCCAAAACACAAAAUAUAAAUUCUCAUAUUACCUCAACCUUGCUUUUUUAUGGACACUGUUCAUUUGCGAACUAUGUGUGAUUAAUUUUCUUACCAGUGCAGUGUGCAAAGGAAGUAGUGUCCGAUAGCCCUGAGGCUAGUGAAUUUUGCCAUUGGGCUGCCAAAUUCUGUUCUUAACUUGCCCGAUGGGGAAGUGAAGUAUUUUGGGAAUUCAAAUUACAGAAGAACUGUGAAAUCAAUUCUGCUCAUCAAAACGUUUUGGGGCCUAAUUGAAAUAAUGUUUGGGCUAGCACAUGCUUAACCUGCAUCUUGCCCAAAUGGUAAGCUGUAAAACUGAGUUUCUUUGCAUCCUUUCAUUGAGUGAAAACCUAACAAUCUCAGCUGAAAUCUUUUCAAUAGUUCUGUCUAAUGUGCAGUCCAUCUGGCUGAGUCACAGACUAAAAGGAUCAGUUCAAAGCUGCUGUAUUUUAAGGCAAAUACAUUUUGAAGUUUUUAUUUUUUAGCUAUUGAGUCUUUUAACCAUGAUAAAUGAUAUGAGGUAUCUUUAGAAAUAACUUGUACUUCAGUUACAGUUACAAAUUUAAGCAACGUUUUCUCCAUAGCCUUGUAAACAUGUGUGAGGAUUUUUUCUGACAGCCCCCUUCAAUGUGGACACCUAAAUUAAUAAUACCGGUGACAUAUCUUCUUGGUGUCCAUAUCAAACAGGUGGUACUGUAUUACUCUCUUUUGGUGGAAGGGUUCAUACUGAAGGCCUCACUUUUUUAAAGGCCCGUUAUGGUAUUAAAUUUCAAAACGUUUGAUUUCAGGAGUUACACUUACCCUGUGGAGCAACCCAUUAUGUAAGGAGUUGUGUCCUGUGAGAGCCAUCAUUGCUUGGUUACUUGUAGCAGGUCUGUGAUUUCAAAACGAAAUGCUUCUUGUGGCCACUUUCAUAAGCGUCCAGCUCUAGUUAUAACCUUUUCUAUAGUGAUCAACCCUGCUCACACAUCACAGAUAGGUUCAGACUCAUCUGCAUAACCAUCAUAAUAUCCAAUUCCAGUAAUUACCAAGUAGACAUUUCCUUUGCUUUCAGCUCGCUAUUUCUGCCCACCUUGCAAACUCGUGCAUCAGGAGUAACAUAUUAUCUUUAUGAGCUUGAUAUUCUAGAUAAGUUAGAGGUUGUUUUGAAUUGGAUGAAGUUGUUAAGUUUGUGUUGCAAGGUGCAUUUAAUUAUUUAUAUGUAUAUAUAAAAUUAUGUUGGACCUUAUGUAUGAUUUUGUUAUCCCUUGUAACUUUCCAGAUAUUCGUAGUGGUUACCUCUUCCCAAGGAUUUGCAAAAACAACCUUACAUCUUUGCGAAACAGUGCUCGUGGUGUUACCACCUACAGGAAAACAUUUGUUGAGGUAUAAAUAAAUAAUAAUUUUGAUAUAUAUAAAAAUUUACUGAAAAUCUGCUUCUGCCACCGCUUGCUGCUUGAGUUGGGUGUAUUUGUAGACACCCGUAACAGACAGGUAUCAGGUAGAGAUAGUUGAAUUCACAUGCUUCAAAUUGCUUCAAUGUCAAUCUCAUUUUUUUCAAGAUGUCCAAGGCUCUCUUUGAAAAGGAAUUCACCACCCACAGCAUACGAAGAUCAGCAGCUCGAUGGGCAGCCCGUUGUGGGGCAGAUGAUAGUACUAUCAAAAGAGCGGGAAGAUGGUAAGUAUUUUCUUUUGUCCCCAUACAGGACAACAGCAAAUUUCAUUUUUAAGUAAACAUAACUUUGUGAGGGUAAGGGUGUGGUUCAUUCACGAGGCAAUUGUCUCGCGCUUAUCUAAAUAUUCUGAAAUGUUUCUUUCAGAGACUCUGCAAUAUUUUCAUAUUGAUAGACUAUAGUGCACAUAUGCAUGUAAUAUUAUACUGAUAGAACUGUCCAUGUAUUUAUUUAUUAUGCAUUGAAAAAGAGGGUUUUAUAAUCAGUUUUGAUUUUUCACAGUUUCCACAGAAACUGUAUUUAACAUCAUUUCAUGUAAGUAAGUAAGAAAACUGAGCGAUGGUUAGGUUCAAAACAAAGAGAUUCUAUUGCGCUUCAGUAAAAUCCAACUAAGCCCACUAGUAGCGAAAAAAGCGCCGCCUGUUUGGCAGCAAAAAAGGAUUAAAGUCUAGCUUUAAGUAGCUAAAAUUUUUUUAUUCUCCAUACUUUUGAGUAACUAGUCGGAUUUUACCAAAACAAUUAUUCCUCUCGCCCUCAUGGCCUCUGAGUCAAUAGCCCAUUCGGCUUUCGGCCUCAUCGGCUAUUGACUCAGAGCCCAUUCGGGCUCGAGGAAUAAUUGUUAACUAGUCGUUGCUUGUCAUUAAAUCACUUAAUUCCCGCAGCAAGCAGAUAAAAUCGCAGGUUUCCAGGCUUCACAAAACUUUGAACACGUGGUCUCUCUAGAGAGCUGUUUUUGAAUGUAGCUAUCAAGUCAAUUGGAACAAGCUUAGAGGGGAAAUGCUUAUCAGAUCGGCUGAUGAAUGGCUACUGUGGGCAGUCAGUGGGGGAGAAAAAAUGGCACUGCCUUCUAUUCUGUGCAGUUUACUAGGUCAUCGACUCAUUCACUUGUUUCAUUGAAAUAUGUGUACAUGUACUGAAAGUGUAAUAGUUUUGAGUGAAACAACUAAUUCUAACAUUGUUUCAUUCUAGGAAAUCCAGUGCUUUGAAUUGUACACUCAGGAUGCCAGAGCCGAAAUUAUUAAAGAACAACACGAUGGAAAUGUGCUGUUUGAUCAUAAAUUGUGGAUGUUUAAACCUUUAC